AUGCUUCUUAAUAAAAGUAAGCUGUGUCCCAAAUGCCCGUCAAUUGAUGAUCUUGAAAAAGAAAGAUAUUAUAUUUCACUUACUUUCAAUGGAGCAUCUAAAAAAAGGAAGAGAAAAGAUGAUUUGCGUAAAUCUACUAGAGGUAUAAAAGCACAAACCAUAAUUUGUGAGCUGUCCAUCCGCUCAGCUAGUGAAGUAUCAAUUGGUGCAUCUCCUGAAGAUUCUAACAUGAGAAAAGUUUCGAAUCAAUUUCAUAAAUUAUAUUAUAAGAUUGAUGAUGCAGAAAAAAAUAGGAAUCGGACUAUUAGAGAUUUAGUUUGUUUCUAUUUUCGAUUUGGAAAAGCCUUAUCAGAACAAUUAGCUAUACUUUUGCAAAGCAAUUCUCCACAAACGGCACAUACAAAGCUGAACAAAGAAAUUAAGGAAAAACUUCCAAAAAAUGCAAAUAAUGAUCAAUUUUAUGAUUAUAUAAGUUAUUCAAAGCAUAAGAGAUGCCAAUUAUCUGAUAGAUUAGCUAUAGCAAAAAAUACCGAGCAGAAACAUGCUCUUUUAAAUUCUCAAUGA